AUGGCCGGAGCUGGGCCGGCGGCUAGGAAAUCCGGUGAGGAGCCAACUCACCGUGGCGGCGCUCGGGUGGAAAAUCAGAGGCAGGCGAGGUUCGAGGUCGGGGAUGGCGGCCUCCGUAGUGCCCCUGGGGUCGCGGCAAGGCUACUGCGCGGCCUAGCUGGGACUCCGGUGCGGCGGGGCAACGUGGACGCGGCGGCGCAGGGUCUCCGAGCGGCGGGGUUGUACUGGUGCGGCGGCUUAGGGUUUGUGGCGGCCUUUGGCUUGGGGUGCGGGUGCUGGGGGUCCCCUGGGGCCAAUUAUAGGCCGGCGGUGAUCCUGGGACCUGUGGGUUAUGGGCGCGGCGAGAUCUCCGGCAGGGGGAUCGGCUUGGCUGGCGCGCUAGAGAAGGAAGGGGGGGCGGGGAAGGGGAUGACGGGCGGGCCUGGGGGCUCAGCGGGGGCGACGCGCGCGCGGGCGGGGUAG